GUCAUACCACAGCUCGUCAGAUUUUGGUAGCUUUUCUAGCGUUGCAGAUUAGGCAAAUCGAAUGUGGACCAGGUCCUUCCGCAAUACCGACGGGGUUAAGCGCAAAUAAUCACGACCAUUACCUCCCAAAACAGGAGUCACACCAUUAUCAUAGUUGCACCCUGUCUCAGACUGCAACAGUAUGGACGCAUACGAACAUCGGUAAAACCGGCCACUUUAAAGCCGAACUCCCAAUUUUGACCCAUCUGUUUCGGCAGGAUACCGAUGAUGUUAUCGGCCAGAACAAGAUGGUGUUCCUCCGCCGACAAGACAAGCGAUCUAUAAAGGGUUUAAGACUGCCUUUCUUCUUCCCUUACCCAUUAGUCUCUGAAGUCUUCAGAUAGACCUAGUAUUCACCAUGAGCCCUCUGUCUGGCAAGGUCGCUUUCGUCGCUGGCGCCAACGGCAUCAGUGGUUUCGCUAUCAUUGAGCAUUUGAUUCGGCAGCCGAAGGGCGAGUGGUCAAAGAUUAUCGUGUCUUCCAGACGCCCUUUAGCGUACUUUUGGCCCGACCCUCGUGUAGAAUUUGUGGCUGUGGACUUCCUCGAGCCAGUGGAGAAGAUCGUUGCAUUACUAAAGGGUAUUUGCGCGCCGGUUACGCACACGUACUUUACGGCUUACGUACACGAUGAUGACUUCAGGGUCCUUAAAGAGAAGAACGUGCCAUUGUUCAGGAACUUUAUGGACGCUGUAGAUGAAGUUUGCCCAAACUUGGAGAGAGUUUGUCUUCAAACUGGUGGAAAGUAUUAUGGUGUUCACCUCGGACCUGUAAAAUUCCCUCUGUCGGAAGACAUGCCUAGAUAUGACGAUAAGGGCUAUAACUUCUACUAUGACCAGGAAGAUUAUCUGAAGGAGGUACAGGAGAGACGAAACACUUGGUCCUGGAACAUCAUCCGUCCGAAUGCCAUCAAUGGAUUUGCUCCCCACGCGAAUGGAAUGUCCGAAGCUUUGACCGUCGCAAUUUACAUGCUGAUCUGCCGUGAGCUCGGCCAGCCCGCUCAGUUCCCUGGCAAUGAAUAUUUCUGGAACUCCAUUGACGACAACUCCUACGCACCUAGCUUGGCUGAUUUGACCAUUCACGCUACAACACACGACCACUGCAAGAAUGAAGAUUUCCUCCAUUCUAACGGAGAUGUUUUCGUGUGGAGAUACCUCUGGCAAGACGUCGCGAAGUACUUCGGCGUUGAAGCCCCUGAGCCGCAGUUCGAUAAGGCUGUCGGUCAGAUUAACACCCUCAACAACGAAAUCGACAUGGUCGAAUGGGCGAAGGAUAAGCGCCCCGUUUGGGAAGCUGUGGUAAAGAAAUACGGAGGCAAGGUCGAUGCCUUUGACUGGGGAACCUGGGGAUUCUUCAACUGGGCAACCGGCAAAUCCUGGUGCACAAUCUCAUCUGUUAACAAGGCCAGGAAGUACGGCUGGCAGCGGACAGACAGUACCCUUGAGACGUGGAUCGAGACUUACCGGUCCUUUGAGAAUGCGGGUGUGUUGCCAGCUCAAGAAGUCCUUCUAAGAAAAUGAAUGGGAUAUUAUCCAUGAGUGUAUACGAAAGUUAAUGCUAAAAUUUUGAAAACAUUAAAUGGGAUUAAAAGUCUCCAUAAUCUUUAACCACGGCUAUCGAGAACUACAUGCAUAUACGAUGCACAAUUUACAGAGACUGCAAAAAUCAAAACCACAGUAAC